AGGUGAAAUCGCGGCUCAAAGGCCAAUUGAGUUCAGAUCAACGGAGUCCGACUGUGGGUCGCCAAGAUGAUGACUCUAUUUCUACGACACCUCUUUUGGUCUGCCAUUCUCUUCAUCCCACAAACUCCAGGGCAUGCCGUAUCGGUAAACGAGUCCACCAUCCCACCGGACACAGGAAACGUAAACGAGUCCACCAUCCCACUGGAUACAGGAAAUGAAAACGAGUCCACAACGACACUAGACGUAGGAAACGUAAAUAAUUCCACCGGCCAACUCAAACCAGGGUACUGCGAGAUUCUACGGAACGUCUGUAGCCUACAUCCACCGACUUCUUUCUACUCUCUGUGCAAGGAUUGGUGUAUCAAUUGUCUUAAAGUUCCGGAUGUCGAGUACGGAGAGUUCGAACUCACUAGUUACCAUGAAAAACCAAAAAGAAACAGAACCGAAGCUGAGUCUUGUCCUGGCAGACGACUGUACAAGUACGAAAGACCACCCAAUCUUACAGCCAUUCCACCUGAAUGUCAUUUACAUGUAGUCGAGAAAAAAGUCCAAUUUCGAUGUCCACCUACAACAGAAGAGAAGGCCGCUUUUCUGAAAUAUAUAUUUGGACGUUUCGGACCCUCCGAUCGAGACAGGAAAAAACGAUCCACAAGAGACAAUGUAAGACCAGAACGGCAAGCUGAAAACUGCACGUAUGACGAACCGGUCGACUUCGCCAUUCUACUUGAUGCUUCAGGCAGCGUUGGCAACGAAACCUUUGGCCACACCGUCGACGACGUGGCCUCGCUGGUAGAACACACUUGCAACAGCUUCGCGUGCGGAACCCCAGAAAUCAGAUACGCUGUAGUGACAUUCGAUAACACUCCUACCAUCGAGUUUGACUUCCAGCAUUCCGCACAAAACCAACGCAGCCGCAAAGACGUAUUCGACAACAUCAAGAGAACGAAGUACAAAGGUGGUAACACCGGAACCCGUCCCGCUUUGGUGCUCGCAAGAGACGCCAUAUUCAAUGUGAGCAACGGUAUGAGAGAGACAAGUAGAAAGAAGAUUCUUAUACUAACUGAUGGCAAAUACAACGUUGGAGGUAACCCCAAAGACGUGGCUGAAAGUUUGUACGUCGACCGUUCGAUUGAAGUCUUUGCCAUUGGUAUCGGUCGUAAACUAACAUAUGAGCGAGUGAGGGAACUCGUUCACAUCGAACAAUUCAACAGAAUCCUCCCAUUCCUAAGCUAUUACUCAUACAGUGAGUUUUCACAAGGAAUCCAGUUGGUUAUUGCAGAUGCCAAAUUGAGCAAAGACGCGUGCUCGUCAACGUCCGUCAAAAAGUGAACUGUGAAUAUGAACAGUGAAAUGGAAUGAACAAUGAAUACGAACCGGUGCAUGGUAGUCGUUUGGGUCAAUGUGGCAGAUGUUGUAGUGCAUGGCUUCAUGCAUGGUUGUUGUUUGUGUCGAUGUGUUGGGGUGCAUUUCCUGGUUAUUGAUUGAUCAAAAUAAAACAAAAAAUUACAACUUA